GGGCCCACAGAUGUCUGCAUGACCAACAACAGCAGUGAACAGAGCACGAACACCAAAACCACUUCCUUUUCUUAAUAUAGUCCAAAUGGAGAAGUAAGAACACAGUGAACGAGAUGAAUUUGUCAUUAAUGUGGAUUGGUGUCGUUACACAUCGUUCAUAUCUCCUCACUGGCGCCACAUUUUUGUCAAUUUACCGCAGUAAAUAUUGACUAAUCAUUUACACUUAAAUCCACUUCUUCUUGGAGCUAUAUCAAGACCAAAAACGACAUCUCAAAAUGACUGGCCUCCUUUCCUUGGUGUGCUGCGCCGAGUUCCUGGUUGCGUUACUGCUGAUCCCGUGUAGCAGUGCAAAUGUCAAUACUACAACUUUCAAUACUUCAUCAGAUAUUUCCAGUUCAGCGAUGACACCCAGCUCAACAAGUCCUGCUUCUCAGCCCAAUCAAGACACAAAUAAUAACACUUCACUUUUGAGCACUUCAAUAGCCCCCACCGUCAGGGCCGCCACCAUUCCCACCACCGCCACCACCACCACCAGCACCACUCCAACCAAUUUUUUGGAUACUUUAUCCAAGAAUGCCCAGUCCCCAUUCGUUCAGGUGGUAGGCGGUCUGGUCAUAGGCUGCGUUAUCUUCCUGAUUUCCACGUUGUGUCUGGCGUGUAAGGUGUGCAGUUUGAGCAGGCGCCUCAAGGCCCUGAGCAGCAACGACGACCUGACCAGCAACCCUGAGCAUUGGGAGGGAAAUUGCAAGCAGGACCAAAAUAAGUCGGAACCCAGAGAGACCACCGUGUUGAUGGCUGACAUAAGUCAAACACAGGACGAAGUGAGCAACGGUGCUGCCAAGGAAGAAGGAGGGAAGGCGAAGGAGGAUGGACAAGCGGUAGGAAAGAAGGAGGAAGGGGACGCCGCCGUCAGCGAGCAGGCUUCCGCUACACCUGCAGCCGCUGAGAGCUCAUCCUCUCCAAAGCCACAGGAAGAGGCCGCCAACCCUGAGCCCAGCAGUGCAGCAGCGGCACCAGCAGCGACACCCUCCUCUGAGGAAAAAGAGAAACCAAAGGAUGGGCAGUAGAUUUAUAUGUGUGAAGCCAUUAAAGUCCCUCAGCAACUCCCUUCACCUCCCUCAGCUUUACAGCCCUUUAACUCGAAAUAAAGGAUUUCUUUCAGCAGCUCCUCCUUUCCCUUAGAUACAACAAUAGCGUGUGUUUUGAAACAAAUCAAGUCGACCUGCACAUCGAGUGUUUCACGGUGGCUUGAUAAUGUAUUGCUCUGAUGUUUGACAUUUAACAAGGAACAGUUUAUAUUAUGAUACACUUUUGUACACUUAAGUCAAUUUGGUAUGCUUUUGUGUUUCUAAAAAUAAAAGAACAAUUUAAACCUC